AUGCCCUUACAUUCGACACAGACUGUGGUUGGGUAUUGAAGGCUUUGGAUAGGACAUGGAAGCUCCUAUUGGGUCAAAUGAGGUGUCAAUCGAAAGGUCAGAGUGCGUGCUUCCAUUUUGAUACCGGAUAUAGGAAAUGUUUACAUCUGAACUGAAGUUAUUACCGAUAAUAUGUGAAAGAUUAGGCACAGCUGCCAGGUGCUUUGAAAUGAUGCAACAAGAGUCUGUGGAUAUUUAUUGAUGUAAUAAUGUGAUUUGGACUAAACAUUUUACUUGAUUUGAUCGUUUGGACAUUUGACAAUGAAACAACACCGUUUUUGUCGGGAAGUUAUGGCUCAGUGGACAACUAUGAGGCUUCAUAGUACCAAGGGAAAUAGAGGGAGAUGGAGAAGGAGAAAGGGAAAGAGAGGGAGAUGGAGAAAGGAAAGGGAGAGCAUGCAGGAAGAACCAGUCAUAACCCUGAAGUACGUUGUAACGAGUUUCCACUGAGGAAGGGACGGAAACAGCAACAGGAUUCAGGAAAACCCUUACUGAUGCCUUGUUCGAUCUGGUGUGCAAGACUAGAAAAGCAUGACAUUCCAGUCAUCAGGCGGUGGUGGUGCCUUCUCCUCAUGGAGAAUUUUGCUCUUGGAGGACAUGGAAGGUGGCUUGCACACUGGGCUGAGGAGGCCAUGGCGGUUGGAUCUUGCCUCACUGACAGUGAACCGAUGAAUGGACCAGGAGAAAUUGAGUAUGGCGUAGGAGCGCUGGAGGGGGUCACGCCACCACACAAUCUUGAGAAUGGCAAUAUGAUGAGCAGCAUCAGGAAAGGUGUUGAAUGGUUGAAGGAAAAUCACCAGCUGAUGAAGAGCAAGUACUUGCCACCACGCAUUGACUGCAUGGAGGAGGAAGAUGCACUGAAAGCCCUUGCUCGACUGCAUACACAUUGUGACACAACUUUGGAUGAGGAUGAUGAAAUAAGAGCCCCAUUCUAUUUUACAUUUAAAAACAGGGAGGACAUGCUCCUUUUCAUGUCAGCGGUUAGGGACAACAAAAAUGUUAGAGUGUCAUCAUUUUACAACCCUGAUAUUUAAAUUUUUUUUCCCUAUUGGUGACAGACUUGGUGUCUGUCUGUCUCUGUAUCUGUCUGUCUGUUUCAGUAUGUCUGUAUCUGUCUGUCUGUCUGUCUGUUUCAGUAUGUCUGUCUGUAUCAGUAUGUCUGUCUGUAUCUGUUUUCUGUAUCUGUCUGCCUGUCUGUUUCAGUAUGUCUGUCUGUCUGUCUGUAUCAGUGUGUCUGUAUGUAUAUCAGUAUGUCUAUCUGCAGGCCCGCCGACAGGGGGGGACAAACGGGUCUGUUGUCCCGGGCCCAGGGUAGGGGGGCCCAGAACUGGGCCCUCAUUAAAUUAUGGAAUAAUUGUUAAAAAAUAAAUAAAAUAGGCAUAUUUGUGGAAAAAAUAUCUAAUAUUUAAGUUACAUGAAAGCUUUUUAUUUGUUUUCUUCCUAAUUGUCCUUGAAAUAGUGGUCAAGAACCCCCGCCCACCCCCAAAACAAAACUGGUUUGGCCACUGAUCAAAAUUUGAUGUUGUCAUUUGAUUUGAAGUUCAGUAGGCUAACGUUACGAUCAAAAUGUCCGGUCAGCACAAGUCUGGUGCUCAGAAAAGAAAAGAAAAGAGAAGAAGGGAAGAAGAAAAUAGAGGCCUUCGAGAUGUCCUAAACAAAUAUUUUAAAAAAGGUGGUGACGGAGAAGCUGGAACUAACGUUAGUAAAGUCAACGUAGAGCAAGGUAAGAAACAGCGCAGCCAACGUUUAUGAGUGUUGUCAAAGACCCGGUACCAAGUCGGUACUAAUUUUGUUUUAAACGUCACGCCACGGUACCAGGUUUUCUCAAACCCGGUACUUGAUGCGCGUGCAUGCCCGAAGCGCGUGCAGUUGCGUCCUCUUCAUAAAAGUGCUGAGACAUUGCGACCGGCGGUGCUGCUGAUGUGGUGGCUGUAAAUCCACUUGUUGAUAAGAAAGGAGGAAAGAGACACAUAUGGAAAUAUUUUGGAUAUUAGCUCAUAAUAGCGACGCGGCGCGC